AUGGCCGCGCGAGAUGACCAAGGACGACAUCGUUUCAACUCAUCUAAUGCCUUCGAAACACACGGUCAACCCAGCGGCCAACCCAUCAGCCAGUCCACAUACAUACCUCAUCACUCUUCCGGUGCCGCAGAAGGUCCAUCUUUUUCGAAAUUAUUAUCAAGAUCUAUCGCACCUCUUUACAAAUCGAAAUACUUCCCCUCAAAUCACUCCGAAGUGCCGUUAUUCUAUUCCACUCGGGAAGGUUACGAAAUAGGUCUGAAUGAAGACGAAGAUAUAAUUCCCAACGAGAACGACGACCGACUUCAGACUCGAAGCCAUGCGAAGGGAAGAGGAAUCGAUGAGCAAGACGAUGAAUCAGAAACAUCUAGAUUUCUCUCCAGCCCUCAGGAAACAGUCAUUCAAGGCCAAGUCCACGAUGGGCGUCAGCUGCUCGAUUCUAUAUCCCAAUCAGAUCCUCAAGCUUCCUCUUCCGGAGUGCAUACGGAUGAAGAUUAUGCAGAUGCUGGAGAUGACGGUGACAGCCCUUUCUAUGUAGAAGACGAGCUUGACAGAGGUCAUCUUCAACAGAGCAUCAGUCAUCCCGUCAUGCAGCUUCCAAGGCAUCUUAUGGCGUCACAUGCUUUGUCGCAUCUUAUGGCAUCCGAGAUUGCCUACGGAAAUCAACAUCUUCAGUCUUCAUCUAGUCAUUACGCCGCACACUCAGCCGAUAGAUCAUUACAUCAACAUGACCAAUCAUAUGCCAAUACGAAUCAUCAUCGACAAUCACCGCAAGUUCUCAACCCACCAAGUACAAGUGGUUGGAAGAUGUAUCAGAGUGUAGAUCACAUCGGCAAUGAUCGCUCACCUCGAGGUCAACCACACUUCGAGCAAGCAGUGAAUCGUGGAGCAAGUCGGCACCUUCCUCUACAGACGCCGUCCGAUAGUAUCAACCUAGAACCUGGACUCACUCAUUCCCCAAACAAUGACCAAUCAUCCAAUCAUGCUAUUCGCUCAAACUAUCCGGAAGAUCUAUCCCGGACGACCUUGGACAUUCCCAAACAUCCGCUCAUCAGACCAAGGCCACCGGAACGACCCGCACCCAUUCAAUCACACCUUCGAGACAAUGCUACACAUCCUACAGCCGCUUAUCCGAUUUCACAGAAUGCGUUUCUUCCAGAUUCAUAUGCACCUACGCCUUACAUCUAUCCAUCAGAAGCUCGUGACAUCGGUUCGGAUGUCUUAGGUCAUCCAGCUCUUGGCCCCCAAAGCUAUCGCGAUUCAUUCUGGAUGGCACUGUGGCUUGCGUCUCUUCUCUAUACAUUUUUGCAGUCCCUUUGGGUCAUUCUCUUCGCCACUAGUGAAAGAUCUUCUUCCAGCCCAUCUUCACCAUCAAGUCAUUCGAAUCUGAUGAAAAGCCUUCCUGUCUUGGCACUGUUAAUCACACUAACAUUUGGGUUCUGUAUCAUAUCGUUGAGCUUACUCGUGAUGGUCAAGAGAUCAAUAAAACUCUUGGUGUAUGGAAGUGUAAUCGGUGUGCCCUCGGUUUUGAGCAUGAUUGGCAUGUGGACUUGGUCUGAAUCACUUUCAGAGACAUCUUUGACGGGCAUGGGAUGGAUCAGCUUCGCGACCUUCAUUGCAUCAUCAAUUCUCGUUAAAUUGAUCUGGGAUCAGCGGAAGCGGAUUGACCGCACAAUCAAGGUGAUCGAACUUUCGACGGGAGUGAUCAUCGAGCACCCAAGUCUAGUCUUAGUCUGUCUAGCCACUACAUUGGCCUGUAUCGUCAUGAGUUUACCGUUCAUCACAUUGGUAUACAAGCUUGUAUCGCUAGGGUUUUAUGACCAUGAUCAAUGGGUCAUUGAUUCGGGACCAAUCGCCCAAGUGCUUCUCACCGCUUUUAUCUGGUCUUGGUCCCUCAAUGUGAUCCGAAAUUUGCAAAGGAUCGUCAUCUCUGGGGUCGUUUCACACUGGUAUUUCAAUCGACAUUCGCCAGCUGGUCCUACUCACAAGGGAUAUUCGACUAUCGAGUCAACUUAUAACUCUAUCAGUCGUGCGAUCGGGCCUUCAUUGGGUACAGUGUGUCUAUCCAGCUUCCUUUUGACUUGUUUCGAUAGUACGAGACAGAUGCUGAAGUGGAGCAAUAAACUCACCUCAGCCAGACAAUCGAGUCCAAUGACUCAAAGUGGCGAAGGACAGGGGUUGAUGAACUUCAUCUUCUGCUCCAACCCAAUUGCUCGUUUAGUACUAAAUAAUGUACUUCUGGUGAUAGCACCUAUCGUAGGAUUUGGUUGUCGGAUAUUUGAGUUCUUGAGUAGCUAUACCAUCAUCUAUUCGGGUAUCACUGGUUUUAGCUAUUGGGAAUCGAGUCGGAGAGUCACUGGCUUGAUAAGUCGCAAUGGCCAAAUUGGAUUAGCUCAUAAUCUAAUGGUCAAAUUGAUCUUAAAUCUGGUGUCCUUAACCAUCAGCUUGACACUUGGCUUGAUCGGAUAUACGGUGGUGAUUGGUCGGCGACAAGGCGCCAACGAUGAAACACAAUAUGCAUUCGAACCUUUGAUUUUCAUAUUGUGCGGAAUUAUGCCAUUCUGGAUCCUUCGUUUUGUGACAGACCUCAUUAGUAAUUCGGUCGAUACACUGUUCUGUUGUUGGAACAUCGAUUUGGACAUCGGAACAAAUCAUUCAAAUAAAACGGAAGAAGCUUUCACCGGCCGGAAUGUCGCGCAACCGACCAUCUAGGGAUUGAACCUCAUCUUACAUUCGGAUGAAUCGAAUCGAACAAUUAACUCUCCAACUCAAACCAGUAAUACUUUUAGAGCCAAUGUAUCAUCAAUCCUCGCAUCUUCAACCGGCUCAACGCCUUAUGGCACACAUUUUACACGCAUUAGUCAUUAUGACUAUCGAAAGCGAGCUAUUCCAACGGCUCCAGAAAGUCAAACGAUUACAUGCGCUAAUUUCCAACUGUUUUUUAUAGUGCAUGCAAGGUUUAGCAAUCACGCAAACAUGAACUACUGCUUGCUCCUCUUCAGAUUUCUUGACGUUUGUAUGUUUUACGCGUUGUACAUUUGUAGAUCUGAUGUAAUUCUCCAUUUUGUAAAAACCAAUUUUAUUUGGUUUGGUAUUGGUUUCUCUCAUGUGUUCAAUGAAAGUGAUAGACGUGUAUCUUGUACAUG